AUGGAUCAUCCAUUCCUCGCCAAAGAGCCGACCUCCACGCUGGUCCUCAUCACUCCUCAGAACCAGUUCCUGGAUCUACGCUUCUGCCGCAACUCCAUCACGCCCCGCCUCGUCGGUGGCACCGCCGGCACCUACAUCCGGACGAGCACAUCCGGUAUGCGGGCCUACACCCUCGACGCACUUGACCCGCACCCGCAAAACCACCUGCACUCGCUGCGGUGCCAGGCAAACGGUGACAUAUACGAGACGGGCGUGCUUCCGAACCCCGGCAGCGGCACAGAAGAUCUGACCUACGAGGCUGUCUGGCGGGUGUCUCCCGUGCAGCCCAGGCUCGCCGUGGUGCUGGCGUAUCGCGGAACUCACGGACAGGGCGUGGUGGUGCGGGUCGGCUCCUGGUGCCAGGGACUGCUGGUUAAGGGGAAGCUGAUCACCGCCGAGAGGUGGCAGAAGCUGGAUGGCAGGUGGGUGAGGGUGAUGAGGCUUGGGAAUGCGUGGUUGCCCUGUGGGGUUGCAUGUGUCGACCGCGAUGAGGCUGCGGACAAGGCCCUGUGGCAGGGAGCAAGGUAUUGGAGGGAGGCUACGGGACUGAAAUUUGUGGUCGAAAAGGUCAUUGGCUUUGGAGAUCGUGUGGUGGCUGGCGGCGACGAGUGGGAAGUAGUUGAGAGAGUGCAGUGGUAG